GUAAAGGGUUGGGUGGACGGCAGAUUUAUGCCCGCCUUGCCUGGCUGGGUGCGUUUGGUCUGUGACUUGGAAAAUUUAUCCUAUCCUUUUUAGCGCACGUUCUCUUGUUUCGUCAACACAAAAAGUUCACAAUCCAUGGAGCCUACAACGUUUGACAAGAUGAAGAUGGGUGCCAUGAUGGGAGGCACCGUUGGUCUCUGCGUUGGUCUUGUUUUUGGCACGGUCAAUAUCAUGAGAUUCGGAAGUGGACAGCGAGGCGCUAUCUCUAUGCUUGGUUCUUACAUGGCCGGGUCGGCUGCAUCCUUUGGAUUUUUCAUGUCAAUAGGUUCGGUUAUUCGAUCAGAAGAAAGCCAGCGAAUGACUUGGCCAUCACAAGCCCCGUUGGGAAUGCGUCCUAGCAUCUACGUUGCCCCUAGAAAUGAGCAAUAAACCAUUCUCAAGAUACGGCGGAAAUAUGACCAAUCUUUCGUAAAUAUUUUCGCACCACUGUACAAAGAUUUUUUUUUCUCGUUGUUACAACAGUAUUAAUAACAAAAAAUGGGCAAGAGUAACUUUGAUUACAUGGAGGGUUAUUCGUUAUU